CUCGAUUGCCUCCGUCCGGGCCUACUUCUCUCCCUCCGCCUUUUACUUCCUUUUGCAAUGGCGGGAGUUUUCAAGAACGUUUUUGGCGGCGCCCAGCCUUCCAAUUCGGCCGCGCUAGAGGAUGGGGAUUUCGCCGACUUCGUUGAGGCGCCUGAACCGUCCCCUGCUCCUAUUUUAAACACCCAAUCGGCACCUUCUCUAGGCCAGAACGGGGUCGAACCGGUUGUGUAUACGAAAUGGUACCGUGUUUGGGAGCGCACAUCCCCAAAAGACUUCAUGCAGGAGGCAAUGGUCAUGCCGAUUAUCCUCUUGAUCAUCAUAUUCCAUUUCUGGGGUACUCGUAAGAACAGACGGCGAGCGACUGAGUGGGCCGCGGCCCAUGCCAGCGCUCUCCGAGACGAGUUCGCGGUUGUUGGUUUUGAUGGUAUUCAGAAAUCCGAAGAGUCUAUUUCUGUGGACGUGACGGCCCCCAACUCGAUCCUGAAGGAGAAGUCCCCGCAGGAGUUCUCUACCUACGCGACUGGCCGUCAGAACGUCGCAUUCCUUGACGUUGCGAUCAGACUACCUAAGCGCGCUAACCCGGUGACUUACUGGAUGGACCAGGUUUUUGCUUUCUUCUUUGAUAGCUGGCCAUCUCCCGAAGAAACCUUUGAGGCUACCGCUUACACCUUUGAUGGCAAGGAGAAAGAUUUGAUUCCAGUCCUGGGCAAGGAUACCUCUUCUCUCAAAGUCAACAACACAAGUUAUGAUGGAUUUAUCUUUGCGAUUGUUCACAAGAACCACAUGCGUAACUUCCGCAAUGAUAGAUACGAUGCGUCCAUGACCUUCACCCGGGACCAUGCGAAGCUGCCCCAGUGGGUAACUGUUAUGACUGAGAACGCCGAAAUCACCGAGACCCUCCUUACCCCAGAGCUCAUCCAGGCUGUGGAACAAGCAGGAAAAAACUUCAAGUAUUUGAUUGUUUCCGACCAGCCUGUUGAUAAGCCCACCAAAAUUGAGGAAACCGCUCCCCGCAAGCGUGUUCAGCUUGCCGGAUAUCUUGCGCCUUCCGCUUCCGGUUAUGCCUCUACUCUGCCAUUGUUCAACCAAUUCCUGCGCUUCCCCGACAGACUCGUUAGCCAUGCUCACUUCCGCCCCGAGGUGAUGCGAAAGAUCCGGAACGUGCGUGAGGAGGAGAUCAAGAAGCUGCGACGCUUGGACGAGCAGGAGAAGGCGGAAGAGCGCAGGUUGGCAGCUGAGAAAAUCAAGAAGGAGGAGCGGGAACGGACUCUUCGUGGCAUGAAUGCCGAAGAGCAGCGGAAAUACCUCGAGCGUGAGCAGCAGAAAGAGCAGAGACGUUCCAUGAAGAGGUACACCAAGCGCGCAUAGAUGUGGCAUGGCUACCAACAGAGCAGCGGGAUGAAUAACCUGGGGAAAAGUGCUCUGAUUUAGAUACUGUUUAUACCUUCAUGUAUAAUGUAUUGAUAUGGUCUUUGGAAGAUGAAGGAAAGCUAGGCGAAGGAGCAAGUUCAAUCGUGGCCGUGAAGCCAACAAGCAUUUUACUAUAAAUCUAAUUUACAUCUACCGGC